UUUUGCAGGCCAUUGUCGAUCUACUGGCAUAGCUGCCCGACACACGGCAACCUUACGGCCGACGAGCGCGUCCGGUCGGCUGCAGCGAUCAGUAUAUUCGAUCCUGGUCUGGUGUUACCGUACAAUUAGAUCGGCGUUUACCGGACGCCCCGGUAGAUUCGUCUAAACAACAAGGUGUUUAAGGACGUCUCCCCAUAUCACACACGUAUACAUCGACCGACUGCUCCUAGUUACUAGUGGCUAUCGCUUAUUAUAGCGAGAAGUGUUGGUGCGUGAUUUUGGUUAACAUUCGUUGUGAGCUCUGCAUCGCGCUACAGUGGUCUAAUGAUGCAUAAGGACUUGUGCUGAUGAUCUGGUAUCAAGUGGUCAAUUGUGUGUUGAAACUUCGGUCGAAACCACUGCAAAUAUUCCAAAGGUUCACUGUUGGCGAGGACGGCUGACUCAAGCGACCUUUUUUUACCGACCUCAAGUCCGUCUGAGUGACUUCUUUGGUCCUCGUCGGUGACUAUUGAGAAGGUUUUUGUAAAGCAGAAGAGGUCUAAACCAAUCAGUCUGGAGUGUAAACAAUAACAUUAACAGCAAUAACAAAGCAACAAUGAUCCUGUGUCGCCUUGCGUCCGUACGCCGUCUCAAUACAUUACGGCCCCUAACCGCGCAAAGGCCUCAGUUGGUAGCUGUGCCAACGACGGUUUCGACCGGGCAUAAGCUGGUUCGCUGGAUCAGUUCGUCAGAGAAGAAACCAGCAACACAUGUCGGCAAUGCGCCUGAUACCGUAAUCGACAAUCCGCCCCGAACCGCCGAAGACUUUGCGGAGGCAGCGACGAAAUCCAGAAAUUGGAUUAGUUACGGGUACAACAUAGAGGAUAUCGAAGAUGACAGAGACAUGCAUGCGUUGGUAAUGUUCUGCAUGGUUUCCAUCGGCCUGGUCGGGACCACGUUUCUUCUUGGAUAUCUACCAGACUUCAGGGAUAAAGACUGGGCUCACCGAGAAGCCUUCCUCGAGUUGGCCCGCCGCGAGAAGUAUGGUAGGCCAUUGAUCGACAAGGAGUUCAUCCCAGUGGAACGGAUUCACCUGCCUUCUGAAGAAGAACUUGAGGGCGUUGAGGUCUACCUAUAAUCGCUACGCCUAUAAUAACUAAGUGGCCGAUAGCAGCUGUUAUAUAAUAAAAAGGAGACAGAUUAAAGGAACUUCGUUCGAAGAAGUCAGCAUUUCCGUCGCCCUCAUACCAGUCGAAGAACGUAGAUUAAUACGUAAAAUUAACCUUGCAAUAACCUACACUUCCUUCACGAGCUCUCUAACAAGUGGGCGAACGGGUCAACUAACUUAAUCAAUUGAAAUUCCCUAUCCUCUUAGAAGGAAGAUGCCAGAUUUGGGAAUGAUACUGAUAAUGACGUUUGGAAUAGCAGGCAUUAUAACAUAAACAAAACUAUGAGUAUUGAGUUUUGUCAUUUCGAUGUCGGAACGACACUAAGAAUAAGAAUUCGUCUAUUCCCCGUUACGGUUAAAAGAUGAAGACGAUAAGUAAAAAAAUCAAAGGAACCAAUGAGCCCGUUGAAUUCGACAACUAAAUACAUGUGAAUAUCUAUAAUAAUAAUAUUAAUCAUGAUGGGUGAAGGAAAAAUGCGUGGAGUGAGCUCAACGACGAUCGCUUGUUUUAGCACAGUAGAAUGAAAACUAAAAUAAUAUGAAAAAAUAAUAGAAAGUGACGAUGGAGGCCGAAUCGAAAUAGAUUAUGAAAACAGUCGAAAAUACAAAAUAAAACGUUGUUUUUAUGCUAGGCAAUCAAUGUAGUCAUCUUUUUCUUCUGCCGCGUCUUGUAAAUAUGAGUUAAUAUUUACGUGUAUCACUAUUAUUUAACUAAGGUUCGGCUAUUUUUACCACAGUUUUAGGCCAGGUGUCCGAUUUGAAUUACAACUGAUAAGAGUUACUACUAAUGUUCAAAUAGUUUAAUGCGCUCCUUUCAAAUCAUAUGUGGUAAACCUUUGCCUAGGUGGUUCUUUAGUGUGAGUUUGCCGAGUUUAAAACUAAAUUUCUCUUAACGUAUAGCUCAAAAUUGUAAUCUCUCUCUUAACUAUAUUAUAUCGGCCCCUUGUUUGAGGUUUUAGUUGAAUUUUAUUACUCAAAAUCAUGAUCGCUACACUGAGCACAUUAAAUGUUUACUAUAAAAAGUGCAAAUAACGAAAGCCUCAGACGCUUUCACGACAACCCUUAUUUCGAAAUAAAUUGUUUUGCGAUA